CCGCUGCCCCGCCCCACGCAUCAGCUGAGGGAUCCGCGAUGUCUGUUGACAGCGGCGGCGGCGGCGCGGCCGGUUCCGGGUUUGGCGCGGGGUAGGGGAUGUGAAUCCGAUGGAGCGGCCGGGGGAAGGCGAGCAGCCGCCGCAGCAGCAGCCCUGGGGAAGGCUCCUCCGCCUGGGCGCCGAGGAGGGCGAGCCGCACGUCCUCCUGAGGAAACGCGAGUGGACCAUCGGGCGGAGGAGAGGUUGUGACCUUUCUUUCCCCGGCAAUAAACUGGUCUCUGGAGAUCACUGUAAGAUUAUAGUGGAUGAGAAAUCUGGGCAGGUGUCGCUGGAAGAUACCAGCACCAAUGGAACAGUAAUUAACAAGCUGAAGGUUGUUAAGAAGCAGACGUGCCCUUUACAGACCGGGGAUGUCAUCUACUUGGUGUACAGGAAGAAUGAGCCAGAACACAAUGUGGCGUACCUCUACGAAUCUUUAAAUGAGAAGCAAAGCAUAACACAGGACUCCCUUGAAGCUAAUAAAGAAAAUGUGUUCCACAUGACCAAAGAUACCUCAGGGGCAGGGCAAGGCGACGAUCCCCAGGUCCUGCCGUCGCCCACCACUCAGGCGUGCUUUGAGGAACCACAGCCAUCGACGUCCAUGUCAGCCCUCUUCCCCACGGCCUCUACCUCUUCCACAGAGCCCACCUCCGCAGGGCGAGCGCCUCCCUCCGUCUCCGGCUCUGGAGAUGCAGGCGUCUCCCCGAAAGGGUAUGGUCCAUCCAUGGCAAGUGAUGAAAUCUCCAGCCUCCCUUCAGUUUUCCCAGACAGAGAGGGAGCAUCCUUUUCUCUGUUGGAAUCCCAGGAUCAGGAGGAUUUGGAGCCCAUUAAGAAGAGGAUGAAAGGAGACGGGGAGCCUGACCCAAACCUGCAGCUGUUGGUCGUGGGCCAGUGUAGAGACACCCAUGCUGCCCUCGAGGAUGUCAGCGCUGUGGCCAUGAAGCCAGACAAGAUGGAGGAGACGCUCACGUGCAUCAUCUGCCAGGACCUGCUGCACGACUGUGUGAGCCUGCAGCCCUGCAUGCACACCUUCUGCGCGGCCUGCUACUCAGGCUGGAUGGAGCGCUCUGCCCUGUGCCCCACCUGCCGCUGUCCGGUCGAACGGAUCUGUAAAAACCACAUCCUCAACAACCUGGUAGAGGCGUACCUUCUCCAGCACCCAGACAAGAGUCGCAGCGAGGAAGAUGUGCGGAGCAUGGCCGCCAGGAACAAGAUCACUCAAGACAUGCUGCAGCCCAAAGUCAGGAGGUCCUUCUCUGACGAGGAAGGGAGUUCGGAGGACCUGCUGGAGCUGUCAGAUGUGGACAGUGAGUCCUCGGAUGUUAGCCAGCCAUACGUCGUGUGCCGACAAUGCCCUGAGUACCGGAGGCAAGCGGGGCAGCCCCUUCCCUGCCCAGGGCCCGGCGGUGAGCCAGGGGCACCGCAGGCCCUGGGGGACACACCGUCCACAUCUGCCAGCGUCACGACAGCCCAGGAUUACGUGUGUGCCCUGCAAGGAAGCCACGCCAUAUGUACCUGCUGCUUCCAGCCCAUGCCCGACCGAAGGGCGGAGCGCGAGCAGAACCCCCGCAUCGCCCCCCAGCAGUGUGCUGUCUGCCUGCAGCCCUUCUGCCACCUGUACUGGGGCUGUGCCCGGACUGGCUGCCUCGGCUGCCUGGCCCCGUUCUGUGAACUCAACCUGGGCGACAGGUGUCUGGACGGGGUGCUGAGCAACAACAGCUACGAGUCGGACAUCCUGAAGAAUUACUUGGCAACCAGGGGUUUGACGUGGAAGAACAUGCUGACUGAAAGUCUCGUGGCUCUGCAGAGGGGAGUGUUUUUACUGUCUGAUUACAGGAUCACCGGGAACACCGUGCUGUGUUACUGCUGCGGCCUGCGCAGCUUCCGAGAGCUGACCUACCAGUAUCGGCAGAACAUUCCUGCUUCCGAGUUGCCAGUGGCUGUAACGUCCCGUCCUGAUUGCUACUGGGGCCGCAACUGCCGCACCCAGGUGAAGGCCCACCACGCAAUGAAAUUCAAUCAUAUCUGUGAACAGACAAGGUUCAAGAACUAACGUCCAGGGAGGCACCGAGACGGCUUGGGAGUGUCAGGGGUCAAUGACAGCGUGAUUCGGAAAAUACCGAAUAUAAACAUUUUAAGGGCAUUUCCCAGUCCCCCUCAGGGGACACUGGGGUCUCUGUGUCCUGCACUCUAGUGUGACUUUCUUUGGUGGGACAAGACCCUCUUAGUGAGACCCCCAGCAGUCUGGGUGGCACAACCUGUCCUCUGAGCCCUGGGCUGCUUGGAGCGCCUUGGCCGAAAGAACAGCCGACAGCCGUCCCCUCCUGUUGAGAUGAUGAGGUGCAGGUUUGCUCUUUGUCCCUUUCCCACAACUGUGGUUAAAACGGAUGUCUCUCUUCAAGAAAAUCUUCGUGGGAAGAAAAGGAAACUUUGUCAGAAACAUUCUCUUGUUUAGGAAAAGGGAGCAACAGUUCAAGCCCAGGCUGUGCAGAGUGCCAUGCCUCGGGAAAGCCACAGCAUCUUGUAUGUUUUUAUUCUAAUAGGUUUGGUGCUUAUCUUCUAAUAAGAUUUAAAUAUCACAGACUGUAGCACAAAUAAUAUAAUUUAUAAUUUGCAAAUUGACUAAAAUUGGGGAUAGUAUGGUUUUUGAAAGGAUAUAUGUUUCUGUUUAUUAAAAAGAAGUCAUCAGAUGUCCAGACUGCUAACCGUAGACCCCCAACAUUAAGAGUGCGGCCCCCUCCCAGGCAGGCGAUAAGUUGGGUCGCCGCCAUCCUGAGCCUGCCGUGGAGCAAAGCGUUGGUCCCUGCUGCAGGCCCUGCCGAGCUGUCCAUGUUCUUUAUUCUUCCACGUGAGGCCGUGGGCUGUGCACGGGCCAAGGUAUGGGGGCACAGGUUGGCCCUGGUGGCGCCCCCCCACCAGCAGCCCCUUCCUGUGGAGAUCGCGAGGGGCCUUUGCUUCUGCUAGUCCUUGCCUUUUCCUCCUGCAUUGGGGUUGCCGUGUCAUCUGGAAUAAUACUUGAAAUUUUGUUCUUUGUAAAAAAAGAAAAAAGUUUUUUAUCUUUUGUUGAAAUCACCUGUUAUGUUUGUUUGCAAAACGGUAACUUUUUGCUUCUUCUCAGGAAUAGGAUUUUCAACUAUUGAAUUGCUCUUGAUACAGACUCUGAGAAGCAGCACUCUGUUUGUGGAAGAAGCUCCUUCCUGCGUCCUAAUAAACAAGCCGUGUCUGUUUCUC